UUGCACCUUUAUGGCAUAAUCAGUAAAUCAUCAUUUUCCAACUCAUUGUUGUACCUUCUUUUUUUAAACUUCUAUUUCAGAAAUCAGUAGUGUGAUUUUAAAUGUUUCGUGUGACAUAGCACACUUCAUGUGGUCCCCUGUAUAUAACAAUUAAACUUUUGGUGAUAGUUAAUUAUCAACAUUAUGGUAAGAGUUAGAUUUAGGAGUUGGUGUAAGUUUAGGGUUAAACUUAAGAUUAGGCUUAGAUUUAGGGUUAGGGUUAGAUUUUAUAGUAUAUAUAACAUUCAACUUAAAGUUCAGGGCCAUUUAAUUUAUAAGACAGAUGGAGUAUCUACAAAGCAUCUACAGAGGACUAUCGAAAUAAAGUCUUACCAAAUUGUAAUUCUCUGUAGAAUUAAUUGUUAACUGUUUAUCCAGUUGACUGAGUCGGUUGGGUCAGUUUCAGCUACGUAAUAAAACACAAUCAGAGCAACUCGAGGACAAAUUUAAACAAACAAGCUCCAUUUGUGCAAGGCUUACUUAGCUAGCAGGUGGCAAUUGACAAUAUCUAAAUUAGGAGAAAAACUGGGUAAAAAUCCAACAGCCCUUCCCCCCUCACUAGUAGCCACCCUGGCCCCAACUAACAGCUCAUGGUCCACAUUUAUUGUCCACAAGUGAAACAAGAAUCUGGUUUGGCUGGUAAUGUGUAAGUUUAGACUGAUGGAGGCAUGGUUUGUGUAGAAGCAUGCACCUCCUCUCUCAUUCUUUUUCUCUUUAGCUUGGUAUAAGUGCUUGAUCAGCUAGUACCCACAUGGAUACUCUGCCUGUGACAGGAAAGGUGUGCUUGUGUGAGAGAACAGACGGAACUAAAGAAGAUGCACAGUUUCAGUGACAGCUUGUGCCUGUGAUAAGGAAAGAGAGAGAAAGAUCGGUUCAGCAGAAAGGCGUCACUAUACAAGGAAGGUAUAAAAAGGCUUUAGGAAACUGUAGCUCAGUACAGCAGAUAGGCAAAGCACCGUGCAAAUAACUCUGAGGACACCUGCAGCUGUUUGCAUACAGUGAUCCAGAGAGAAAUGGCUUCAAUGCGCAUGCAGAUGUUGGGUAGUGUCCUUGCGCUGUUGGGCUGGGUGGGGGUUCUUCUGACCUGCAUCAUGCCAAUGUGGCGAGUGACUGCCUUCGUAGGCAUGACCAUUGUCACCUCGGAGAUCAUGUGGGAGGGCAUCUGGAUGACCUGUAUUGUACAGAGUACAGGUUAUAUUCAGUGCAAACCUUACGAAUCCAUGCUGGCACUCGGCACUGACCUGAAGGCUGCUCAGGUCCUCACAGUGGGAUCCUUCCUGACUGGCGGACUGGGCCUCAUCCUGGCCUUCAUUGGAGGAAAGUGCACUCGCUUUCUAGACUACAGUGGUAUGGCAAGAAAAGACAGAGUUGCCACUGCUGCUGGUGUCACACUGAUCGUUGCUGGUCUGCUGUGCCUGAUUCCUGUCUCCUGGUCUGCUAUUGCUGUGGUCCAGGCAUUCUACAACCCUCAGAUGACCGAUGCCCAGCGCAGGGAGAUAGGAGCAGCUAUCUACAUCGGCUGUGGUGCUUCCAUCCUGCUGUUCCUGGGCGGGGGCAUGCUCUGUAGCACUUCUUGUGAUGUAAAAGCAGAGGAUGAGAGCCCUUCAGUCAAGUACGUGAUUGUACGCUCAUCCCGUGCUGGAUCUAGCAACGGAAGUUCACAGCGAGGCAGGAUCACCAAGCUGGCACAGAAUAGAGCACCAUCUGUGAGGUCUCAGUGGAGUAAUGGAGAAUCAGCCAAUCAAAAGCAAGACAGACCAGCUUCUGCAGGAUCCAAGCAGAGUAGGGCGUCAACCACAAAAUCACAGCUUGAUACAGCAGAGUCUGAGAAGAGUGAGGGGCCAUUAACAAAGUCCCAGAUGAUUCACACAGACUCUGAUCAAAGCCAGGCAACUUCUCACUUAAGUGAGUCAGCUUCAGCAAAUCCCGAAAAGACUUACAUCUGAGCUAAAACACCUUUAAAGUCAUAACGUGUCUUAGGAUGGAUCUUGGACUAUUCCAGAUGAGGGAAUAAUUAUUCACUUGGACAUUCAUUCUAACAAAGCACUGUCAAUUAAUAUAUAAAACAGAAGGAAUUCCACAACUGGAGUCAAGAAACAGCAGUACUAGAGAGUAAUGUCUCUAUGAUUUACAUGGC